AUGGCUGAAUGUACUGACGGAAAGAAUCUAGAAACGCAACUCAAAAAGGUUGCUUUAGCGACUGCAUGUACGCUUACAGGACCAACAGGAUAUGAACCUCCGGGUCCAAGUGGUUCGUUUUGUGAGACUAGCAGCUCGUGUGGUUCCUUAACUUGUCAUGCAGUGCUAACAUUACUUCUUUGUUUAACAGGCCGCGAAAUUGAGAGUUUAGAAGACAAAGUAAAAAGAGUCAGACGAGAGGGCAGUGUAUACAAAUGGAAGGAAAAAGAAGAGAGAGACGAAGAAAGGUAAAUGACAGACCAAUGAUUGUUUUUAUCUAAGGUCUUUCACUCUUUCAUCGCUCCAGUCGAAAACUGAAUCAAUAUCUAGUUUCAUUUUCCUACCACCGAAUAAUUCUUCCAGAAAGGUGCUGCUCGAUGCGCCCAGGACUUUUACUUGAAUUUGCACUCUAAAAAUUUCGUCGAUCGACACAACACAAAAAUUUGGUGUGUUAAUUAAUGUGAGUGUACUGCGUUUCAGGACCGUUUCAGCUCAGUUAACGAGUUCCUUAUCGUACAGAGACCUAUGUAAAUAAACAUUUGUCAGUGACGCUGUGGUAAUCUUUAAAACCAUUUGCAUACGUAUUGGCAGGACAUGAAUUGUGUCUGUAUUUCUCUUUUGAAAGUCUCUUUAGUUUCAGUAGAGAAUUGUUGUUUGACGAAGAAUGAAACCAUAUGUUAUUGUUGAAAACGAGUCAGACAUUUCCGUAUUUAACUUUCGACACUAGAAUCUGAUCUAUCUUAUUUACUUUCAGGCAAGACAUAGCCAAGAAUAG